UAUAUAUAUAAAGUCCUAUAGUGUCUUAUAACGGUUCUGUCAACUCUCUCUAGUCCUUCUUAUUAUUCUACACAAACCAUAAACCCUAGCCGUCUUCCAUUUUCUUCCUCUCAAUUAACAAUGACUGGAGAAGCAGUUAACCCUAAAGCAUACCCUUUGGCUGAUGCUCAGCUGACAAUUACUAUUAUGGAUCUUGUUCAACAAGCUGCUAAUUACAAGCAACUCAAAAAGGGUGCUAAUGAAGCUACUAAGACCCUUAACAGAGGAAUUUCUGAGUUUGUUGUUAUGGCUGCUGAUGCCGAACCACUUGAGAUUCUUCUCCAUCUUCCUCUCCUAGCUGAGGAUAAGAAUGUUCCCUAUGUGUUUGUCACAUCAAAACAAGCACUUGGGCGUGCUUGUGGUGUUACCAGGCCAGUGAUUGCUUGUUCUGUGACAACUAAUGAAGGAAGUCAAUUGAAAUCUCAAAUUCUGCAACUCAAGGAUGCUAUUGAGAAGUUGCUGAUCUGAAAACCUUAAUAUUCCGAAUAUUCCGUAUGAUGGUAUGAUGGGCUUCUUGAGUUGUGCUGAAAGCGCCUUCAGAGGCCUUGACUGGACGACUUGUUGUACUAUCCUAUACGAUGUGUUACUUUAUUUUAGUUUCCUUUCUGUUACCAUAGGUUAUUUUUGUGUGGUACUUUUGUCUUAGUAAGAAUUCUGUUUUGAAUUGUUUUUAUAAAAAAUGUUUAAUGAGCCUUUUGAGUAGUGGAA